AUGUCUCCCACCACCACCACCACCAAGAGCAGCAUCUCCAACGUCGUCCUCCUCGGCGCAGACGGAAAACUCGGCCCUUCAAUCCUACACUCCCUCAUCGAAACCGGCUUCCACGUCACCAUCCUCAAACGGCAAUCCUCCCGCUCCCCUUCCUCCUACCCCAACCAAAUCACCGUCUCCGACGCCUUCUCCGUCGAAGAACUGGUCCCCAUCCUCGCCGACAAGGACGCCGUCAUCGUCAGUAUCAAGGGCAGCGAGACUGCUCUGCAGAAACGCCUCGCGGAGGCGUGCGUGCGAGCCAGCGCCGGCGAUGGACGGCCGAAGCGCUUCAUCCCGGCAGAUUUCGGGAGCUGCGAUUCCUCGUCCCCCCUAACGCAGGCUCUGGUGCCGCUGUACCAGGCCAAAACGGAAUUGCGGGAGUAUCUGAAGACACUAUCACGCGAGAACCCGACGAUUUUCACCUGGACGAGUCUAGUCUGCGGGCAUUUCUUUUCCGACCGGGAUUUGCAAUUCCUACACGUCUAUCCGCACGCGCGACGGGCGGAGAUCUUGGAUGAUGGGGAGACGAAAUUCUCCCUCAGUACGUUGCGGCAGAUUGGAGAGGCUACGUGCAGGAUCCUCCAGCGGCCGGACAGCACGGCGAAUCGCGUGCUUUAUAUUCAGUCUUUUCUGGUUUCGCAAAGAGAGGUAAUUUCUUCGUUUGAGAGGGCUACGGGUGCCCAGUGGGAGGUUCAGAGGUUGGAGGGGGAGGCAUAUGUGCGGCAGGAAAAGGCCAAGGCUGAUCAGGGGGAUUCGGAGGCGGUGGAGAAUUUGGUUUGGUAUUUGGGGACGGUGGAUGCGAAUUGGGAGGAGAGUAAGGGCAGUGAUUUGGCCAUGGGGGAGUUGGGGUUGAGCGGGGAGGAGUUGGAUGGUGUGGUUAGGAAGAUCGUCAGCGAGAUGAGGGUAAAGUUGUAG